CCCCUCACAUUUAAUUGAAGCAACAUCCUCCCUGACUCCCCCUCCGCGCCUGCAAAUGGGCUCACCCAUAUCUGGGGAUCGGAGAGAAGACCGUGCCGGUCACGUGACACUGAGGGCGUGGUCCGCUGGAGGCGGGCGCUGCGCUGGGCCGGUUGCUGAUCUGGCAAGAUCAAAGCUGCAGGAGAAUGGACAGUGAGGUACAGAGAGAUGGAAGGAUCUUGGAUUUGAUUGACGAUGCUUGGCGAGAAGACAAGCUGCCUUAUGAGGAUGUUGCAAUACCACUGAAUGAGCUUCCUGAACCUGAACAGGACAAUGGCGGCACCACAGAAUCUGUUAAAGAACAAGAAAUGAAGUGGACUGACUUGGCCUUACAGUACCUCCAUGAGAACGUUCCCCCCAUUGGAAACUGACGCCUGGCUCCUUGUUCAUCCACAGAUUUUUUUUAAAUACAGAUACAAAAUGUUUUCUUUCAGCCUCCUAAUUUGAGUCUUUUAGUGUUAGAUCAAUACUCAAAAAUGUACAACUAAUUUUGUGGCCACAAAAUGCAAUGUGGAAAUACUCAACCCGAACCGGAAGCUGAUGGCGAUUUCUUGGGAUUGCAGAAUAUCUGGCCCUUUGAACCUAAAGUUCUUCAUUGACUAGCUCGUAUUUGAGCAUGAUUGAUUAAACAUUUGCCUUUAACUCUGA